AUGAAUAAGAAGAGUAAUUUCAAGACAAAAGAAAGUAAACAAGAUUGGAAGUACAAGACUGAAGAAAAGAAACCUUGCAAGAUAUGUGAAAAUCUAAAUAAAAGUGCAAGAUACCACCCAGAAAAUGAAUGUUGGUUUAAAACAAAAUCAAGUGGAGCUAAAGAAAAACCAAAAAUAAUAGUUACUACUCUACCACCCCCAAGUGGCAACAGCUCCAGUGGUAAAAAAGGAUUCCAGCGAAAGUUCUCUACAUCUCCACGUCCAGAGUCUCUAGCACAGAAUUUUUACUACUGCUCUAUCCUGAUAGCCAAAUCACCCAUCAGCGAUACCAGCUCCAUCGGUGACAUCGGGUUCAAACAGAAGCUUUGCCAAACUACGCCUAGAGUCUCUGAACAUGGCGAUGUGCACCACCUUACCACACAUAGAGUCUCUAGCACAAGUACAACAUUUUCAGUCGAUCCUGACACUCACAUUGACAGCUUGGAUCAGGCUGAGCAAAUGGUCCUCGAAGGUACCAGCAAAUGGUCCUGCAAAAUAGCUAUAACAGUAAUUUGUGCCCAAGGCCUCAUUGCUAAAGAUAAAAGUGGAACAUCAGAUCCUUAUGUAACAGUUCAAGUCGGAAAAGUAAAAAAGCGCACAAAAACAAUGCCACAAGAACUUAAUCCAGUUUGGAAUGAGAAAUUUUACUUCGAAUGCCACAACUCAUCUGACAGAAUUAAAGUACGUGUUUGGGAUGAAGAUAAUGAUCUUAAAUCAAAAUUGCGACAAAAACUUACCCGUGAAAGUGAUGAUUUUCUUGGUCAAACUAUUAUUGAAGUUCGGACUCUUAGUGGGGAAAUGGAUGUUUGGUACAAUCUUGAAAAAAGGACUGAUAAGUCGGCCGUUUCAGGAGCAAUAAGACUACAUAUAAGCGUAGAAAUAAAGGGUGAAGAAAAAGUAGCACCAUAUCAUGUACAAUACACAUGCUUGCAUGAAAAUUUAUUUCAUAGUCUUUGUGAAAACAAUGAUGGAAUGGUAAAACUACCACAAGUGAAGGGUGAUGAUGCGUGGAAAAUUUAUUUUGAUCCUCCUGCAGAGGAACUCGUAGACGAAUUUGCUAUGAGAUAUGGUAUAGAGAGUAUUUAUCAAGCAAUGACACAUUUUCACUGCCUAUCAACGAAGUACUUAUGUCCAGGAGUUCCAGCAGUCAUGUCAUCUCUUCUAGCAAAUAUAAAUGCUUAUUAUGCCCAUACUACGGCCAGCUCCGCUGUGUCAGCCAGUGACAGAUUCGCUGCUAGUAAUUUUGGGAAAGAAAAGUUUGUGAAACUGUUAGAUCAACUUCAUAAUUCGCUACGAAUUGAUUUAUGCAUGUAUCGCAAUAACUUUCCUGCAUCUAGUCAAGAAAAGUUAAUGGAUUUGAAAUCAACGGUCGAUCUUCUCACUAGUAUAACAUUCUUCAGAAUGAAAGUUCAAGAAUUAACCUCUCCACCCCGUGCCAGUAAUGUUGUCAAAGACUGUGUGAUAGCGUGUUUAAAAUCCACAUAUCAAUUUCUUUUUCAAAAUUGUUAUGAUCUAUAUAGUCGAGAGUUCCAAGUGGAUCCUAGUGAAGCUCGACGAGAAGAAGAAAACUCUUCGGCUUCUCUAGAUUUCUGGCACAAGCUUAUAGCUCUAAUUGUUUCAGUGAUUGAAGAAGAUAGAAAUAGUUAUGCACCCGUACUUAAUCAAUUUCCGCAAGAACUUAAUAUAGGACAACUAUCGGCAGCCACAGUUUGGUCUCUUUUUGCUAUAGAUGUAAAAGAUGCUUUAGAUGAACAUGAACAGAGUCGAUCUUGUAAAUCAUCUGCUUAUAUGAAUCUCCAUUUUAAAGUCAAAUGGUUGUAUACAAAUUAUGUACUAGAUGUACCUCCAUAUAAAGGUCAAGUGCCUGAAUAUCCUGCAUGGUUUGAACCUUUUGUUAUGCAAUGGCUAAAUGAAAAUGAUGAUGUUUCAUUAGAAUACUUACAUGGUGCCUUUAGUAGGGACAAAAAAGAUGGGUUUCAGAAAAGCAGUGAGCAUGCUCUGUUCAGCGUCUCUGUUGUGGACGUUUUCACACAAUUAACGCAAUGUUUUGAUGUUGUGUCAAAACUUGAGUGCCCUGAUCCGGAAAUAUGGAAAAGAUAUAUGAAAAGAUUUGCAAAAACCAUAGUUAAGGUAUUGAUUGCGUAUGCUGACAUUGUCAAAAAAGAAUUUCCAUAUCAUUUAGAAGAUGAAAGAAUAGCUUGUAUAUUGAUGAAUAACAUUCAACAACUUCGUGUUCAACUAGAAAAAAUGUUCGAAUCAAUGGGUGGUGAAAAUCUGGAAAAAGAUGCUGCCAAUAUAUUAAAAGAGUUACAGGCCCAACUCAACAGUGCUUUGGAUGAUCUAGCAAUGCAGUUUGCUGACAGUUUAGAAACUCGAAUAACAAUAUCAGUAAAAGAACUUGGAGACUUGCUACUAUCGAUAAAAGAAAGUGGUCACACAAGUCAAUCAGCCCAGCGAAAUAAUGUAUCUGUCGAAGCAGAUGAAGUAUUGAGACCCUUAAUGGACUUAUUGGAUGGUAGUUUAACGUUGUAUGCUCAGUCCUGUGAAAAGACUGUAUUAAAACGAUUACUUAAAGAACUGUGGAAAAUAGUCAUGAGAAUCCUGGAGAAAACAGUAGUUCUACCACCUAUGACGGAUAAAAGUAUGAUGUUUAAAAGUCUUACAGAUAAUGCAAAAAAUUUAGCUGCUAAUGCUAAAAUAGAAGACAUGUCAAGGUUGUUUAAGAAUCACAUGGCUGGAAAACCGGAUGUUAAAAAUGCCUUAAGUGGUGUAAUGGAUAUUUCGAAAGAAGUGGAGAAAAAUUUAUCACCUAAACAAUGUGCUGUACUGGAGGUGGCUCUAGAUACUAUUAAGACAUAUUUUCAUGCAGGAGGCAAUGGAUUAAAAAAAAACUUUUUAGAAAAAUCUCCAGAACUACAAAGUCUUCGUUAUGCGUUAAGUUUGUAUACGCAAACAACAGAUACACUUAUCCAGACCUUUGUUACAUCACAGGGACUGCAAGAGACGUUUGCUAUGAUCAAACAGGCUAACUUAGAUGUUGCUUUAGUAAGAAGUAGUGUGUACCAGUGGUGCCAGGCCUUUUUGGAGAGCCGGGAAGAGGUCGCCGAUGAACUCCAUGCUGGAAGAACUUUGACGUCAACAAUCACUGACAAUCCGACGCUGCUGCCAGCUGGAAGUGACACCACAACAACGCCCCGGCUCAUGCCACCUUUCUUGUGA